GGAAGGGACUCAAGGGGCGCCGGGAGAGCCUCGGCCAUGCCCAAGUUGAAGACCAGGAGAUCGGCCACAGCUGCAUUUGAGGAAGGCAGCGCUACUCCCUCGACGGCGGCAUCCACGCCAAAAAGUCGGUCCGUCUUCCGCGCCCAGACCCUCGGAGCCUUGGCGUUGCAGGUGUUCCAAGCGCCGUGCCCUUCAGUGGUCAAAGUCACUGUGGAGGGCAAGCUGGACGCCUCUGUCAAGGUCCAGGUGCCGGGCGCCAAAAUGGAGGGCAGCGGCCUGCCGGCACUGUGCCGCGCCGGGAAGACGUGGACUGUCACCUUUUUGUCUUCCUCGGCUGCUCGGGGGCCGAUGACCAAGGGAUCCCUCAUGAUCCAGGGCUUUGACGCCGUGCCCUUCUGCGUGGCCCACAACGACCAGGGACACACCUUUGUGCAGAGCAAGGGCAAGUGGCGCUACACGGCGCUGAGCGCUCCCAGGUGGAACUGGCGGGAGAAUGCUGAGAAGCCCACGGAGGGAACUGCCGCCGAUCUGGAGGUCAUAGGAGCACGAUCCGCGGACAGCGUGCCGCAUCUCAAGGUUCACGUGCGGAGCGCUUCGGAGGUGGAGCUGAAGCGUUGCCUGCAGGGCCUGGCCCUACGGGAGGCCCAGGCGGAAGAGGAUUACGAUAUGCUUCUCGCACAGGUCACCAAAGCGAAGACAGCUGGGGUGGAUCGGGAGCAGAUAGAACAAGCCGAAGAGAGGUUGCGGGGGAUGCGGAAGAUGGGAAAGCAUGUGAAUGACGGAUGCGACAAGGAGAGCCUGAAACUGCUGAUGCAGUGGGAGAAGGUGACCCGCUGUGGCGAGACCGGGGUGAACGAGACGUGCAAGGCGUCGCCCGACUGCCCGUGCAACGAGGAAGUGAACUGCGGGGAGGUCCUGUCCAUCGUGCCCAGCGCGGUGCAGCUCUUGCUGAAAGACUUCGGCCCGGAGGGUGACAAGGAGCUCUUCGAUGAGCUCUCGGCCUCCGCGCUGGCGGUGGAGGAAGGUUCGGUGUGGAAAGCCGGCGGCAAGCUGAUCUUCUCCGCCUUCGAUCGGAAUCAGUCGGUGCAGGCCUUGACGCGAAUGCUGAACAACGUUGGGAGGAGACUCCGAUCCUGGAUCUUCUGGAGGGCCCGGUGCGUGAAGAUGUUGCUGCAAAUGGUGAAGCAUAGCGAAGCAGAGUACGGCGGCUUUGUGACCGCCAUCCAGAUCAACUUUCACCCCAACGGAGAAAGUUUUCACGCUCAGCAUCGGGACAUCUACAGUGCCAAGCAGCGGGCAGGGCCCAGCUGCACCUGCACCUUCAAGAAGUGCGUGGGCACCGUCUGCUACACCGUGGGCUCUUCGCGCCAGGUCCUGCUAGAGACGAUGACCGACAUGUUCUCCGCCGUCAAGCCUUGCGGUGAGCACUGCACCGGCCGGCGCGAGCGGCGCUGGCUUCAUAGUGGGGACGCCAUGUAUUUCAACGAGGCAUGGAACGCCAACCACACCCACGGCAUCCCACCCAUCGAUGGGGAGAGUGGGCCUCGCAUCUCCGUGGCCUUUCUCCUGGGCGCGGAGGAGUCGCGCAUUUAUCAGAAGAUGCUGCUUCCCAACGAGGUCCCUCAGUGAUGGCACCAAAAUCCUUUGACCCAACUUCCCAAAGGGAAAAGCACCGCUCUCGAAGAGAGCAGGUCCAUGAACUCUUGGCAAUUGAGCACCCAAAUUCCUCUGAC